AUGAAGCUCGAGUACAUCUUCACUGUCAUUGCGCUUGCUGCGAGUACUGUAGCCAAGCCGCAUCAUCUGCACCGUCACGUUCAUGCCAAUGACCUGGCUAAACGCGCAGUCGCAUUCGUACCCGCAGCAACUCAGACUGUAUUCGUGUACUGGCUUGAUGAUCAUGCUAUCUCGGCGGAAGAGGCUCACCAGGGCGUCGCCAAUGGUACCCUGAUUUGGGGAGCUGAUCAACUCCAGUCUACCGCACGUUUCACCGCGUUGCCCACACCGCCCCCAGCUUCCAAACAGCCAGAGCAGACCGCAGUGCCCACUCCAAAGCCAGAGUCAAAGACCCAGGAGCCGCUACUCAAGCCAACUCCAUCUCAGCAGGCUUGUACUUGUCCCGAGAAGCCUCAUCCCGAGAAGCCUCAUCCUGAGAAGCCUCAUUCACAGGAACCUGCACCGCCAGCUCCGACGUCAUCAAACAGUCCUUCUCCCAACCCGAACCAGGAUGUCCCGCCCAAACAGCAACCAGAUACGUCGCCAAACCACUGGGCUGGUAUGGUUGAUAAGGAUGGCCACUGUGCCGAGUGUGACAAGGUAUUUCCCAAUGGCAAGAUCCGCUGCACCGAGUUCCCAUACGGCUAUGGCGCAUUGCCCACAAAGUCGCAGGGACUGGGCGGCUGGUCCGGUAUCCAAGAUCCUCAAUAUUUCGGAGCGGAUGGAUUCGAUAAUAUCCGAACAGUUGUGAAAGAUUCAUGCGCAGACGGCACCUGCUGUACGACUGGCAGCUUUUGCUCAUACGGCUGCCCGAACCCAUAUCUCAAGGCUUCGUUCCCUUCCACUCAGGGUAGGACUGGCCAGAGUGUUGGUGGCUUAUACUGCAACAAGGACGGCUAUCUAGAGAUGGCUGAUGGCAAGAUCGCCGAUACGCUAUGCGUGCAAAGCUCUACAAAGAUGAGCGUCAAAGUACAGAACAAGCUUUCGAAGUCCGUGUCGUUUUGUCGCACCGAUUAUCCAGGCACCGAGUCUAUGACCUUCCCUGUGACCGUAGGUCCCGGUGAGACUGGCUUCCUAGCCAACCCAGAUCAGCAAAAGUACUUCUUCUGGGAGGGCAAGAAAACCUCGGCUCAAUACUACGUCAACAAACAAGGCGUUCCGGAAGAUAAGGCCUGUACUUGGGGUACGCCCAUGGGAGGCAAGGGCAACUGGGCGCCAGCGGUGUUCGGUACAUCCUUUGACGAUGGCCCUAUGCAAACAGGCUUUUCCAGUUUGAAGCAGAACGAACUCUGCAAGAAGGAACGACUGGGAUAUGAUAUCACUUUCGUAGGAGAGGGUGUCGUCUCCGCUUGCAAGUACAAGAGUGCCACAAACCAGUGGUGUGAGGGCGACAAGUGCUGGGAGGAUCCCGAUCGUGGCUGCACUGCCGCUAUCCACGGUAACCUCACCAUCGUACUUUCCGAUGGCUAG